AUGUCCACCUCGUCGGACCCCAAGAAGAAGAGCGUUGCUGGGUUUUUCAGAACAGACAUCAAUGCCAAACACGCAGAGGUGCUCCUGUAUGCUUGCUGUCUGAGCUCUGGUCUCGUGGAUAGCACCCUCUACAAUGCGUACAACACCUUCGUCUCGAUGCAAACGGGAAACACCAUUUUCGUCGGCCUGGGCGCUUCAAAUCAGAAUCCUAGGCCAUACGGCUGGGCCCGCUCUCUCACCUCGAUCGGAUGCUUCGUCAUCGGCUGCUUCCUAUUCGCCCGACUGAACCGUCUUCUCGGAGCGAAACGCAGAGGGACCUUAAUCCUCUCGUUUUUUAUACAGGUCGCUAUGCUCAUCAUCACUGCUUCGCUGGUACAGAGCGGCGUAAUAGCGGGCAUCCCCUCGAACCCCGCUUCAAGCGAGACGCAUUGGAGCCAGGAAGCCCCUAUUGUGCUCCUGAGUAUCCAGUCUGCAGGUCAGAUCGUCGCUAGUCGGGCGCUGGGGUUCAAUGAGAUCCCAACUGUGGUCAUUACCAGUCUUCUUUGCGAUCUGGUCUCGGACCCGAAGUUGUUUCUCCUUCGCAAUGAGAAGCGGGACCGUCGAGUGGUGGCGUUUGUUCUGACACUGAUCGGUGCAAUUGCUGGAGGAUGGAUUACCAAGGCGACGCACGAUAUCUCGCCUGUGCUAUGGCUGGCCGCUGGAUUGAAGUUGAUGAUUUCUGUUUCUUGGAUUUUCUGGAGAGAGACGGAGGCGGACAGUGCCGUAUAA